CUCACUGGUGGUUGAACACCGGAAGUCAUGUAACAGGAAGCACAUGGUGCACAGAGGAGAAGGUGUGUGUAUAUGACAGUGUGUGAGGCUCGUCUGCACGAUGGUGAAGUCUAAGAGUGCCCUGUUGGCUCUCAUUCACCAGCAUCUCCUGAAGAAUGGAUAUGCCAAGGCUGCCAGAGAGCUGCAACGAGAAAACGGAGAGAAUUUUGCUACCUCAAAGAUCACUUUGCAACGUGUCUACAAACUCUGGACAAAAAAAUCAAAGAAGAAAAAGAAAAAAAAGGAAGAAGCAAAGCAUAAAAAACGGGAUCAUGAUUCCAAAAAGGCUGACCACCUUGAUCUCGCACUACCAGCAAAAAAGAGUUCAGGCACAAAGACAAAGAAGACCAAACAAGUUAAGAAGAAAAUGAAUUUGGCUACUGAAGCUGCAGCAGAUGUUAAGGUAAUCUCCAAAAAGGCAAGUGCUUCAUUGAACGACAAUCCAGGAUCUUCUGUCACGCAAGAAGCGGAUGUUUUUCCAGAUGGGAAUUACUCCUCUGUUGCUGCCAGUUUAAAGUCCAAACCAGGAGCAGAAAAGAGUAAUGGGAGUUCUUCUAGCUCAGAGACAGAAGAAGAGACUACAAAGCAAGUUGCACGUGGCAAAAAAAAUCCAGACCCUGUAGCUGCCGAGCAGAAAUCCCUCAGCAAACCAUCUAAUGGAAAAGCAGAGGUGAGCAGGAGCUCUGCUGAUAGUGAUGAGACUGACAUUGAUAAGCUGCCAGCACCUGUAACUUCCAAGCCCACAGUCUCCUCAAGUCAAAAGGCUUCCAAGGGAAAAAGACAGGCUGCUCCGCCAGUACAGAAAGUUCAGGCCGAUAGUAGUACAGAAAGCAGCGAGACUGAUGAGGAUGAGCCUGUCAAACAGGUGAGACAUAAGAGAUCAUGUAUAUGUUGUGCUGUAUCAUUAUUGGUUUCAGAAGGUCCAGCCAAAGUGCUAAAUGUACAGUUAAAAUGCCAAUAGGCUACUUAUUUUAGU